AUGGUUUUCAUUCUAGGCGUUAACUUCUCAGAGCAGAAGCUCGUGAAGAAAGCUCUCGAAUCCUUUUAUGCUCUCGGUCCCAGCGUCUCCCAGCGAAUUCUCGCCAAAUACUCCAUCCACCCAUGGGCCAAAGUCGGCUCCCUGGCACCCAAGACCAUUACCUCAUUAACUGCCGAAUUGUCGGUAAUGACGAUUGAGAACGACGCGAAGAAGGUCCUGCGCGAGAAUAUCCAGAGAUUGAAGGAUAUGGGUAGCUACAGAGGAAGGCGGCACGCCAUGAACCUGCCGGCGAGAGGCCAGCGUACGAGAACACAGAUCGAAACGGCAAAGAAGCUCAACAGGGUGGACAGGAAACGGUGA